GAUGACAUCGGUACAAGUGGUGUGAUAGGAUCAGCCUUGUUCAACAUUCUACUUGUGAUCAGCAUAUGUGGGUUUGCUGUCCGGGAAAGUGUCUUUCUCCAUCCAUUCCCACUGCUGAGGGAUUCAAUCUUCUACCUAUUGAGUGUGGCAGCUCUAUUUGCCAUUCUCUAUGAUGACCGUGUCUUCUGGCAAGUGCUUCUCUUGUGUUCUAUGAGAGUAGGAGUCAUUCUACCAACUGGAAAGUACCUGAAUCAGGAAGAGGAUGACAUUGGUACAAGUGGUGUGAUAGGAUCAGCCUUGUUCAACAUUCUACUUGUGAUCAGCAUAUGUGGGUUUGCUGUCCGGGAAAGUGUCUUUCUCCAUCCAUUCCCACUGCUGAGGGAUUCAAUCUUCUACCUAUUGAGUGUGGCAGCUCUAUUUGCCAUUCUCUAUGAUGACCGUGUCUUCUGGCAAGUGCUUCUCUUGUAUGAGGCACUCUGCUUGCUGCUAUUGUACAUCCUGUACAUAGUGUUCAUGUACCACAACCAUGCAAUUCAUGCAAUUUUUCUUCGUUGUAAACCUGAGGAAGAAGAGGCCCUUGUGAAGAAGGAACCUUCAGAGAAUGAAGUAUUUCACAGAUUUACCUUUGGGAUUCCAGAUACGGUUUUGGGACUGACUUUAUUGGCAGUUGGUGUCAGUUUGCCAGAUGCUUUCUCAAGUUUAGCAGUUGUGAAGGAAGGUUUUGGCGAUAUGGCAGUAUCAAAUGCCAUUGGUUCGAACACAUUUGACAUUCUUCUAUGCCUUGGCCUCCCAUGGUUCAUUCAGACCACAAUGAUGCAAUACGGCUCUUCGAUACGAGUUUCGGGUGAUGGAUUUACCUUUGGGAUUCCAGAUACGGUUUUGGGACUGACUUUAUUGGCAGUUGGUGUCAGUUUGCCAGAUGCUUUCUCAAGUUUAGCAGUUGUGAAGGAAGGUUUUGGCGAUAUGGCAGUAUCAAAUGCCAUUGGUUCGAACACAUUUGACAUUCUUCUAUGUCUUGGCCUCCCAUGGUUCAUUCAGACCACAAUGAUGCAAUACGGCUCUUCGAUACGAGUUUCGGGUGAUGUAUUUGAUAUUGGAUGCAUGGGCAUAGUGGCAAUGAAAAUUGGUAGCUGUGGCACAGAGUUUGCUAGAGGAGUAGUACAGGGUGUCUUGGAUGCAGCAAUAGGAUUUACCUUUGGGAUUCCAGAUACGGUUUUGGGACUGACUUUAUUGGCAGUUGGUGUCAGUUUGCCAGAUGCUUUCUCAAGUUUAGCAGUUGUGAAGGAAGGUUUUGGCGAUAUGGCAGUAUCAAAUGCCAUUGGUUCGAACACAUUUGACAUUCUUCUAUGCCUUGGCCUCCCAUGGUUCAUUCAGACCACAAUGAUGCAAUACGGCUCUUCGAUACGAGUUUCGGGUGAUGGACUGGGGUAUACAAGCCUCCUUCUCUUCCUGACAGUGAUAUUCACAGUGCUUGCCAUUCUGAUCAACAAAUGGAGACUAGAUAAGAAACUAGCUAAACGAAAUGAAUAUACCAUAUAG